CUUGUUAGCCUCGACCAGCAGAAGCUGGGCCAGCCGCUACCCAGGAUUGCAUUUGCUUCGGCAAAGGGUUGCCAGCUCGUCAAAACCUAAGCGUUCUGUCCACUCGCCUGGUUCUCGUCAGUCGCCAGUUCAGCCGCCAGGUCCGCUUCGUAGGACGUACGCCGAGGUUCUCAAGUCGACUGCUCUCUCUGGGAAAAUGGCUAAGGAAGGCGCCGAGGGGGAUGGCUGGAGAGUGAUGGAUCGCCGUCGUCAACAGGUACGAGGUCGUUCCUCGGGUGCUGGCAUCUGGUCGCUUCGCGGUCGUGCAAACUGGGAAGCCCGUGGUCGUGGUACCUGGCGUGGCCGUGGCGGUCGGUUCGUCGCGUCUGGUUCGUCGCUGGGCCUUGAUGCCAGGGUGGCUGUUGAGCGCAGUAGUGGUGUUCAGUCCGAGGCAGCUAAAAAAAGGGUGGCCGACGUUGCAUCUGGGGUAUCGGACAUGGGGAAGAAACGCCGUGAAGAGCUUUGUUGCGAAAUUUGUGAAGACAAUCAUGUGCCUGAGGAGUGUCCGGUAUUUAAUGGUCCAAAACCGCAGGCAGCUCUCUGUGGUUUUGCGGGAGGUGAAUCUGGUUUUUUUCAAAUUCCUACCUGGGGAGCAAAGGGGGUAUUACCAAGGUCGGAUGGUGUCACGGCCUUCAUAACAGUGAAGGAAGGGAAUGUUACUGCCGAACUCGUUAAGUCUGAACUCUCUAGACUUAUUCCAGUGAAGUGGAAUUGGUCGGUCCAGAAGCAUGCAGAUGGUUUUAUAGUGACAUUUCCGUGCAGAGUGGAGCUUCAACGUAUGAUUGCUAUGAAAUAUGUUCAUACGUUGGGAGGAGAAGGUAUCUUAGUAAUUCAAGAGGUUAACCAAAAAAUAGAACCGAUAUCUUAUCUGCAGAAGGCCUGGGUGAAUGUGUACGGGGUUCCUUUUGAGAUCCGCUCAUUUCUUCCUCUGUGGGCAGUUGGUUCUAUUUUGGGGGCAACUCAGAAAGUGGACAUGCGCUACACUCGGAAAAUGGGGGUGGUUCGAAUUUUGGUUGCAGUGACGGAUGUGAAUCAUAUCCCGGAAUCCGCAGAAAUAGUGGUUGGUGAAGGAUUAUACGAGAUAUUCUUCAAAGUUGACAAGGUCCUUAAAGAUGGUAGAUGGAUUGACAAUAAUAAUACGGGUACUCGAGACAGAGAUGAUAAGGAACAAGGUGAAAAUGAUGAUUUUACUGAGAAUCAUGAGAAUGAUAUUUUUCAGCCAGAGGAAGCAGUAGAAGACACUGUCAUGGAGGAUAAUUCCUUACAUAGUGACCCUAUGAAACCACAUGAUGAAUCUUCAGAUAUGGGGAUAGGGGUUCAGCACAGGAAACCGUUCAUUAAUGACUCAGUGACAUUGGAGUCAGAAGUUUUGACUUCGGUUGAGCCAACAGUUUUGAAUUUAAUGACCUCUACUUGCGCUGAUCAGCAUUUACAGCCAGCUCCUGAGGAAUAUGGACUGGAUUCGGUGAUUUGUAUUGCCGAUCAUGCUUCAGAUGGCCUGGAAUUGUCAACAGGAAGGGUUGGCGUUGAUGGAAAUCUCAGCAGCUUGAUUGAUUUGGCUCCAGACUGCUCGGUUCUUGCUAGUGGAUCCAUCAGUGAAGAGGGGCUGUCUGUGUCCAAAGUAAGUAUUCCAUCUCUGGAAGCAACAGUGCCAUUUGCUGGGAGAGAGAUCAACUUGGCUUUUGAUGAUAUUAAUAUUCCUUCUGCGGCUGACAGCUUGCUCAUCGAAAAACAUAAGACACGUGAGAGUACCAUUCACCUGGGACAUGUUAAUUAUUUUACUGAUGUACCCCGUUCUGUCCUCCAGGAGGCACUUAAGUCUAAUUCUCUUACUAAGAGAGUAAAGACUGAAAAACUUAAUCAAGGGGGUGUCAUGUUAAGUGCCAGGAGGACUAACACAGAUGAAGAUAUAUUGUCCAAAGCUCAGCGUCUGGCAGCAAAGCGUAAUUUAGAAAUCAGUCUAGUAGCAGACAGAAUUGUCAGCCCCUCUCAGACAGCUUUUAUGCCCGGUCGAAAUAUUCUUGAAGGGGUUAUUAUUCUUCACGAAUCUAUUCAUGAACUACAGAGGAAAAAGUUAGAUGGAGUUAUUCUUAAAUUAGACUUCGAGAAAGCUUACGAUAAAGUGAAAUGGAAGUUUCUACAGCAAGCGAUGCGUAUGAAGGGUUUCUCUCCAUCUUGGUGCGCCUGGAUCCAAACAAUAGUUUCUGGAGGUCAUGUUAGAGUUAAAGUAAAUGAUGGCGUAUGUCCUUUUUUUGGUACUUACAAGGGCCUUCGUCAGGGGGAUCCUUUGUCGCCAAUAUUAUUUAAUAUUGUUGCUGAUAUGUUGGCAAUUUUAUUCACAAGAGCGACAGAGGAUAAUCAAUUCAAAGGUAUUGUUCCGCAUUUGAUUCCGGGGGGUUUAUCUAUCCUUCAGUAUGCCGAUGAUAAUCUCUAGUACGCGUGUAUACAAUACUAAUCUAAAUCAUGUUGUCGGUCAUGGAUGGAUGAAAUGAAAACUAGCUAUUUUCUUUUGUCGAUACAGACUACUUUUCUUUCUUCUUUGGAUUUUGUAUAUUAAUGAACGGAAAUUAGUUGGUUUGUAUAGACAUUCCUAAUAACAGCCGACGAAAAUUAGCCUGGCCAACUUAUGCUAACAAUUACAAACACAUAUUCAUCUGAAUCAAAUAUAUUCGUGUUUAUAAGUCUACAACUAUCCAUCUUCUACCUCCGUGUCGUGUUUAUUUGUCGCGAGCGAUCCCGGUUCCAACAGUGCAAUCGGUGUACGUAGUUAAGGUAUCCAGAGAGUGACCAUCGAUCCGGCCAUCGAGGACGGCUUGAAUUGUUGCGGCAUAAAGGACCAAGCGGCCUUCAGCAUCCAACCGGAAUAAUCGAGCCAAUGGAUUCGGCAUUACGGUACGGGCUACGUGCGUACCGGCGUCCGGCCCAGGAAGCGCACAAAAAAGGGCCCGAUCGAUGGUCACCGGACGAGGUUAGCAUCAUGGGUUCGCGUUAAACAAAACUGGUUUUAUUCUUGCUAACCUGAUGGUCUUCGUCUUGGUUGGCAUGAUUAGGUCGCCGACUCCUCGAGUGCACGGACGCGGAGGGCAAGGCCAAAUGGCCGACACGGCGGCCGCGCCACUUCUUCUUCCUCCUCUUCUCUUCUCUUCUUUGCUGUUGGCGUUUUCUGCCGGUGCUGCUGGGCACGGAAUCUUUGCCGCUGUUCCAAUGGCUGCGGCCUGCGGGGCAAUGCUGACCCGAACAGUAGUUUCCCGCCCUUCCUGCAAUGUUUUCUGGAAGCUAUAUAGAUCGUGACAUGAUGGCCAC